CUAUCUUGGUUGGUGCAAAACCAAGAGGACCAGGCAUGGAAAGAAAGGACUUGUUAGCUGCUAAUGCUCAUAUCUUCAAGAAGUAAGGAGAGGCAUUAUAAAAGUACUCUAGCAAAAUUCUUAAGGUUUUGGUUGUAGGAAAUCCUGCCAAUACCAAUGCCUUAAUCAGAGCUUAAUUCGCAUCAAACAUACCAAAAUCUAAUUUCACAGCACUCACUCGUCUAGGUUAAAAGAGAGCUCAAUCCAUCAUUGCCUAAAGGGUCAGUGCCAAUGUUGAGGAUGUUAGAAACAUUAUCAUUUGGGUCAAGCAAGAAACUGUGUAAUAGAAUGGAAUUUCAUAAACUGUUCGAGGACUUGUGGCUAAUGAUGCUUCGCUCUAAUAGGCAUUCGUUGAAUAGGUGGCCAAGAGAGGUGGAGCCAUUAUUUAAAAGAGAAAGGCAUUCUCGGCUGCAUCUGCUGCAAGUGCUGUUUGUGAUCAUAUUCAUGACUGGCUCAUUGGAACUGAUAAUGGGAUAUUUUUAUUUGGAAUCAAAGAAUAAGUUUGA